AUGGAUACCUAUAUGUUCGUACUUUUGGUACUCGUAGCUCUAUUAUCGGUGGUAGCUGCUACAAAUGACACAUUGUCCGUACAAAGUGUUCCGUCGCCAGCAUUGAAAAACUCAAGUGUCACGACAAAGGCAGUGAAUGGUGCCAUGCCAGUCAACGUCAAUGACGAAAAUAGAAUGUCUCGUGAAUUCUGGCAUCCAAGAGAGUUUAAUCCUCAACAAACUUACGACAAAAUUGUCAAAUCAUUAAAACAGGAUGAAUUGCUUCUUCUUAAACCUGAGUUGAAGAAGCUGGCCAACGAAAUGCACAAACACAACCAAAGGCACGACCCAGAGAAGAACGCGUACCUCCAACUAACUCAAAUGGUGAUCAAAUCUCAUGGGGAAGGUGGGCUGUCACGUAUGAUUGGUGUUCAGAAGCUGUCAAAACAUGCAAUGACCGAUGAGACGAUACAUCGGUCUCAUUUGAUCUUGAAAUGA